CUCAGUCUUACGUGAAGAUGGCCAGAACAAAGCAAACCGCUCGUAAGUCCACCGGAGGCAAAGCUCCCAGGAAGCAGCUGGCCACCAAGGCUGCCCGCAAGAGUGCACCGGCCACCGGUGGCGUCAAGAAACCUCACCGUUACAGGCCCGGCACCGUGGCCCUGAGAGAGAUCCGUCGUUACCAGAAGUCCACCGAGUUGCUGAUCCGCAAGCUGCCCUUCCAGCGCCUCGUCAGGGAGAUCGCUCAGGACUUCAAAACCGACCUGCGUUUCCAGAGCUCGGCCGUCAUGGCGCUGCAGGAGGCCAGCGAGGCUUACUUGGUGGGUCUCUUCGAGGACACCAAUCUGUGCGCCAUCCACGCUAAGAGAGUCACCAUCAUGCCCAAAGACAUCCAGCUGGCUCGCCGUAUUCGCGGAGAGCGUGCUUAAGCGACCCCCGACUUUCAUCCAACCAACGGCUCUUUUAAGAGCCACCAAACCCGCCUUUGAAGAGCUAUAACCUUUGUUUUCUUAACAUCAUCACAUAUUGAUGGUUAUGCAACGCAUAAUACUGUUAGUUCAAUGUCCCUUAAUUGCGUCCCACAUCGAAUAUGAAACAGACUAGCAAACACUCGCCUCAUCUUUAUUACACGUAUUCUAUUCACAAAGUCACAAUCACUGCUUUCAUACCCCAUUAAAACGGCGCCACUUACUUAUUCUGUUAUUAAACCCUCUUCCCACACAAGUCAAAGCUUGGUAGACACGUGACACAAUCCACCCAAUCCCGUUUCAGCGUCAGCACAUAUAUAUUUGCAUAGGCGGCAUUUGAAGAGCUAUAACCUUUGUCAUCGCACAUUCAUAAAUGCAUAAGCAUAAUAACGUUCAUUCAGUAUUCACAAUGAGGCCAUUUAUAACAGACGCACAUGUGCAUACAGUGUCUCAACCGGCAACCACUGAUAGUAAAACUUCCUAACGUGUAUCAACCAAGUUGUCACGUCAUAUUAAGCACUCGUUCGUAGGUAGUCAAUAUUAAAAACAAUGGCCAUUUGUGCACGACUGUACUUUCAUUUUAAAAGCAGGGACCCUACUUCCCACGUCGAAUAUGAAACACUAGCCUGGUCUUUCUUACACGUAUUCUAUUCGCAAAGUCACAAUCACUGUUUUCAUACCCCAUUAAAACGGCGCCACUUAUUUAAUCUGUUGUUAAAC